AUGCCUCGCCCUCCAACUCCUUCGGACAAAUCCAAUAAGUCGUCCGCUAGCAAAUCCUUUUUUGGGAGGAAGCUGCACAAAGAUCGAAGUGCGGAUUCGAGGGAAGGCACAUCGGACGCGUUAAGUGUUGCGGGCAGCGCACCGGGAUCGCGCUCCUCUAGGCACUCUAAACGAGACUCCCUGUAUACCUUGGAUUUGCCAAAUGAUAUGGACUCCUCAUCAUCGGGGAUAAUUACUUCCAUACCAUAUGACAGCGUUCCUCCAAACUCUAAGUCUCCAAUACCUGUCGAUUACCUUCCAAAAUCCGAACUCCCGGCGCGAAAGGAAAUUUCACCGAAUAGCACCAAAAGCCCUUACGAAUACUCUCAGUACCAUUCAUUUCACAACGGCACGUCCACGGUGCAUCUCUCGGGCCCUAGACCCCCGCCGCAUUCCGCCAUGAGCCACUACGACAAAUCUGGCAAGCAAUACAAUUAUCCAUAUUCUACACCGGAUUCGUCUGCCAACUCUCGUUCAUCUUUGGACCAAACUAGUGUGUACUCCUCCGUGUCAUCGGCAACUCGAGCAUCGACUCAAGAUAACUCUUCUCGUCUUCUCUCUGCCGGCUACUUUCCAGAGCGCUACCCUCCUGGAACAAGCGCAACAGGCUACCGAAAUGCCGAUCCUUAUCAAAAUAAUUGGCCUAAUUACACUACGCCACUUCAACUCUCCUCCGAUGGCACUUUUCAACAGCCAAAAGAUGACAGAGUUGUCGAUCAAAUGUUUUACGAAUUAAUGAUUAAACGAGGAUGGCAAAAUUUACCAGAGCAGGCAAAGACGCAAAUGCUAGCAUAUCCAACAGCGAAGAAGUGGACCUUGGUGCAUCAAGAUCGUCUCACGCAAUGGAAAGGAGAACAGAAACGACGGCAAUAUUCUAGACAAACCUAUGGCUCGUCGGAUGGACCAAGGGGCUUACUUGAUCGUGCUGACGAGGAAGGAAGUCCAGAGUGGUACGUCAAAAAGGUUAUGGAUGAUGACAUCUCUCCCAAAGAACUUGGAAGCCUGAGCGUCAGCCUGCGAACACAGCCCAUUAGUUGGGUGAAAAUGUUCGUGGAGGCGCAAGGCCAGAUUGCCUUAACCAGUGUCUUGCUCAAGAUCAAUAGACGGAAAGCUUCAGGGCCUGCUCCUCCGACGUCCCAAUCCGGAGACAAGGAUUUAGACCGCGAGUACGAUAUUGCCAAAUGUCUAAAAGCCUUGAUGAACAACAAGUAUGGUGCUGAUGAUGCCUUGGCACAUCAGCAAGUUAUUGUCGCCUUGGCAAGCUCUUUGAUAUCUCCUCGCCUCACUACUCGGAAAAUGGUCAGCGAGAUCUUGACGUUUUUGUGCCAUUGGGCCGAUGGUCAAGGCCACCUGAAGGUUCUGCAGGCCAUGGACCAUGUAAAAAGUAUGCAAGGGGAAACUGGCCGAUUUGAUGCUUGGAUGCGGAUCGUCGAAGUGAGCAUAGAUGGAAGAGGAAAAAUGGGUAGUCUUGUAGGUGCCAGCGAGGAAUUCAGAAGCGGCGGUAUAGGGAUGGAGAAUUUACUUAUGGAAUAUGCACUUUCGACCAUGUUCUUGAUCAAUAUGUUUAUCGACGCCCCUCAAGAUGAUUUGCAGCUUCGCUGUCAUAUCAGAGCCCAAUUCACGGCAUGUGGUAUUAAACGACUCUUGAGUAAAAUGGAGGGAUUUCAAUACGAUGCUAUCGACAAGCAAAUCGAGCGGUACCGUGAAAAUGAGGCAAUUGACUACGAAGAUCUUCUCCAGCGAGAGAGUGCCAGCGUGAAAGAUGGCAUCGAAGGGGACGUCGCUGAUAUGAGCGACCCCGUUCAAAUCACGAAUGCAAUUGUGUCAAGGCUACAUGGUAGCCGUUCCCAGGACUUUUUCUUAUCUGCGAUGCAGCAUAUGCUCCUCAUACGUGAAAAUGCCGCGGAAGAUGGACAUCGAAUGUUUCAAUUGGUCGAUGCAAUGCUUAGUUAUGUCGCAAUGGAUAGGAGAUUGCCAGACAUGGAGCUCCAGCAAAGUCUCAAUUUUACAGUCCAGAGCCUAUUGGAUAAGCUACAUACUGACUCCGAAGCCCGAAGAGCCUUUGACGAAUCUCUUGAAGCUCGUCAAGCCGCUGAAGCUGCAAUUGCCGACAGAGAUGCGAUGAAAGCGCAGGUUGAAUUAGGCGCCGAUGGCCUUGUGGUGAAAUUACAAAAGCAGAUCGAUGAACAAAAUGGCAUUAUCGAUUUACAAACCCGCCAGAAUGAGAGCCUUAAGGCAGAAUUGGCAGAGGUUCAACGAAUACGAGCCCAGGAACUGCAGCGCAAUGAACUUGAGACCAGAGAACUGUAUCUCAUGCUUCGAGAUGCCCAAGAUGUUGCCGCCUCCAAAGCAAAUUCACGAAAGGAUAUUGAAGAAAUGGAUGCUAUACAAAUGCAAGGUAUACUGGACCGCGAAAAACUUAUUGAGCGCCUUGAGAAGCAGCUGGAACGUACAAAGACUCAAUUUAAACUUGAAGGACGAAUGUGGCAGCAAAGCGGACCAUCAGAUCGCUUACGAGAACUGCGGGAGAGGAUGGAUAACAUGUAUGACAUUGACGAUGAGACCAGACAAAGGUUUACGGAUAGUACGUUUGGGACAGUUUCUCGAAAGAGGAACCAAGCUGGCAAUGCGCCGAACACCGACACUCCGAUGGAUGGCCGGUUGUCAGAUGUCGAAGAAGAUGAAGAGAUGAUCGAAGAAAAGGCGCGAUUAAUUGAAAUUAAGCGUCCUCGUAUGAAUCCAGAGCAAGCAACUGGCUUGUUAAACGAACUAGCUACUAAAGCCCAGAAAAUUAACGGGGUAGAUGAGGAGGCAGAAACACUGAAGUCCGAAUCUACUCAACCCGCCCCAGCGGAAACUGUAGGGAAGGAAGAGGGAUUCAAUAGCCUGCCGCCCCCUCCUCCACCGCCAUCACCAGGAUUCAGCGAUGGCCCUCCGCCACCACCACCACCGCCGCCGCUUCCAGGCUUCUCAGGAGGCCCGCCUCCCCCACCUCCUCCUCCAUUACCGGGAUUCUGCAGUGCUACAGCACCACCACCACCACCGCCGCCGCCUCCACCUCCUCCACCUAUGCCAGGGGCUCCAAUGCCUCCACCACCCCCAGGUGCACCACCGUUACCAGGUGCCUGGAAGGGGAACUAUUUAUCACCUACCCAGGCUAUGUCACCGACUGGCCUUGGGCAUUCUUUCAUGCGACCAAAAAAGAAGCUAAAGGCUCUCCACUGGGACAAAGUAGACACUCCAGAGAUAACGGUCUGGGCUGUUCAUGCACCAACGUCUACAUCAAAAGAAGAAAAAUACACUGAACUCGCGAAGAAAGGUGUAUUAGAUGAAGUUGAGCGGCUGUUUAUGGCCAAAGAAACUAAGAUUGUUGGCUCGGGAACCUCGAAAAAGAAGACUAAAAAACAAAUAAUUUCCAGGGAGUUGAUGCAUAAAUUUCAGAUUGCAAUGGCUAAGUUCUCGCAAGUACCAGGGGAUGAACUUGUGCGUAUGAUUAUACACUGUGACCCGGACAUCUUGAACAAUGGCGUCAUUAUGGAAUUCUUGCAACGGGAUGAUAUGUGCUCUAUUCCGGAAAAUACAGCUAAAUUAAUGGCUCCGUAUAGCAAGGAUUGGACGGGCCCCAAUGCUUCCACUACUACAAGGGAGCAAGAUCCGAAUGAACUCACGCGCGAGGACCAGGUUUAUCUUCAAACAGCUUUUGAACUUCAUCACUAUUGGAAAGCCAGGAUGCGAGCUCUUGCAAUGACUCUCUCUUUCGAGCACGAAUACGAUCAAAUAUCUUCCGAGCUUCAGGAAGUGUCAAAGGUUUGUGAAUCCCUGCGGGAUUCCGUUUCUUUGAUGAACGUCCUUGGCUUGAUUCUUGAUAUUGGCAAUUUCAUGAAUGAUACAAAUAAACAGGCUGCGGGGUUCAAGCUCAGCUCCUUGGCACGACUUGGUAUGGUCAAAGAUGAUAAGAACGAGUCUACUUUUGCAGACCUUGUCGAGCGUAUUGUUCGUAACCAAUAUCCCGAAUGGGAAAAUUUCCAGGAUGAAAUUGGCGGAGUGAUCAGCAUUCAAAAAUUAAACAUUGACCUUCUACGAUCCGACGCGCAGAGGUACAUUGACAGCAUCAAGAAUGUCCAGUCAAGUCUGGAUGCGGGGAAUCUAAGUGACCCCAAAAAAUUUCACCCUCAGGAUAGGGUAAACAUCGUCGUGCAAAGGUCUAUGAAAGAUGCGCGGCGGAAAGCAGAACAAAUGCAGCUGUUCCUAGAUGAGACAUCGAAGACGUAUGAAGAUAUCAUGACAUUUUAUGGUGAAGAUAAUACAGACGAGAAUGCCCGCCGCGAGUUUUUCGGAAAGUUGGCGGGCUUCUUGUUGGAGUGGAAGAAAUCCAAGGAAAAGAACGUCUCCUUAGAAGAUAAUAGACGGAGAAUGGAGGCAUCUCUUGCUCGGAAACGUAUCAACCCGUCAAUGGCGAAUGGAGCUGAGGGUGUUAACUCUCAAGCGGCAGCAAGCAGCGGUGCCAUGGAUUCAUUGCUCGAGAAACUGCGCGCGGCUGCGCCCCAAGCACGUGACCAACGUGAUCGGCGUCGGCGGGCAAGGUUAAAGGAGCGGCACCAGGUGCGAGUAGCUUCGGGACAGCGCAUGCCAGAAUUACCUCCGAACGAUGGCGAAGCUAGCGAAGAACAAGCUUGUACCAAUGGCGAAAAUGUGCAAGUUAAGGAGGCUAAGUUGGACGCAGAGCCCGGCGCUCCCGCACACGUCUCGGAAAGCGAAGACGUUGCUGACAGAGCGGCUAGCAUGCUACAAGGCUUACGAGAAAACAUAGAUUCCGAUUCUACACGCAAUCGCCGACGAGACAGUGCCGAAGAAGCGAAAAGGAAUCGGAGAAUGAGACGCCGAGUUGCUGGUAAUGCGGUUAAAGAAGCUUCCGGCGACGCACAGGCCCCCUUGUCAACGGUUCUAGAACCAGAACCGGAAUUGCCUGGAAACAGGGAUGCUUCUGACAGUAACCACAUCGAGUCGCCCAAUAAGCCCGUGGUAACCGAUAUAGAUAACGCGGCGUCACAGUCGAGUUCUAACUCGGGUGUUUCAAAGAAAGAAGAAGCCUCAGCAGCGUAG